AUGAGUCCGAUCAGUAGCAUUUCCAUGAGCCCCAACGGCGGCGCCUCCAUUACCGAAAUCGACGGUCGACACUCGGUGAACUUCGCGGCGCCGAGGGGGUUUGCAACGAAACUGAAGUCGGCAAUGAAAGAAACGCUGUUCCCAGACGACCCUUUCAGGCAGUUCAAGAACGGAGAGACGAGGAGAGAUAGAAUUGUGAAAGGAGUACAGUACUUCGUCCCAAUGUUCGAAUGGCUUUCCACUUACAAUCUCCGGUUGUUCUGGUCGGACCUCGUCGCCGGCCUCACCAUCACCAGCCUCGCCAUCCCUCAAGGCAUUAGUUACGCUAAACUCGCCGAAAUUCCUCCCAUCAUUGGCCUCUAUAGUAGUUUUGUUCCUCCACUGGUGUAUGCGAUAUUCGGAAGUUCGAGGCAGAUGGCGGUGGGAACGAUAGCGGCGGCGUCCUUACUGUUAUACCAAACGGUGUCGAGCGUGGCGAUGCCGGAGAACGACCCUGUUCUGUAUGUGCAUUUGAUUUUCACCACCACCUUCAUCACCGGAGCAUUUCAGGCUGCUUUAGGUAUUCUCAGGUUAGGGAUAUUGGUGGAUUUCUUAUCGCAUUCGACCAUAACAGGCUUCAUGGGGGGCACAGCGGUAAUUCUGUGUCUGCAACAGCUGAAGGGCAUAUUUGGUAUGAAACAUUUCUCUAGUCACACCAGCCUUAUCUCUGUGCUCAAGGCCAUCGUCGCCAAUAGACAUGAGAUAAGAUGGGAGACCACAGUCAUGGGCGUCAUCUUCGUUGCCUUCUUGAUGUUCACUAAGUACUUGAAGAAGAGAAAUCAGAAGCUGUUUUGGGUGGCAGCUAUAGCUCCAAUAACAACAGUGAUCGUUGGAGCUAUAUUUACCUACCUUGUCAAGGGCCACCAUCAUGGAAUUCAAAUUGUGGGUCACCUAGAUCGAGGCUUAAAUCCUAUAUCCAUCAGCUUACUAAACUUCGAUCCUAAAUAUUUACCAGCAGUCCUAAAAGCCGGCAUUAUCACUGGCGUUUUGUCAUUAGCGGAAGGUAUAGCAAUAGGAAGAAGUUUCGCCGUGGCAGAAAAUACCCCUCAUGAUGGGAACAAGGAAAUGGUCGCAUUUGGUCUUAUGAACCUUCUCGGCUCUUUCACUUCAUGCUACUUGACCAGUGGGCCAUUUUCGAAGAGUGCGGUGAAUUACAACUCAGGGGCAAAGACGCCGAUGUCAAACGCAGUGCAAGCAGUGUUAAUGGCGAUGACGCUCCUAUUUUUAGCUCCUUUGUUUGGACACACUCCUCUGGUGGCACUGUCAGCCAUCAUCAUAUCAGCCAUGUUGGGACUCAUCAAUUAUGAAGAAGCCAUCCAUCUCUAUAAGGUCGACAAGUUUGACUUCCUCGUUUGCAUGUCUUGCUUCUUAGGUGUCACCUUCAUCAGCAUGGACGUUGGCCUCUUCUUAUCUAUUGGACUUGGUGUGUUGAGGGCACUGUUGUACGUGGCUAGACCAGCCUCAUGCAAGCUUGGAAAGAUCCCAAACUCGUCUCUGUACAGAGACGUCGAGCAGUAUCCAAUUUCAACCAUAUUCCCAGGCAUUCUAAUCAUUCAAGUUGGUUCUCCUAUCUACUUCGCUAACUCUUCCUACGUCAAAGACAGGAUCCUGAGGUAUAUUCAAAGCGAGGAGAGUUCUUGUACUGGGAAUACUGUAGAGCAGAUCAUACUCGAUUUGUCAAGCGUGACCUCCAUUGAUGUAACUGCUAUUAGAGGAAUAUAUGAGAUACGUAAAGUCCUGGAGAAAAAUGGAAAGCAGUUGUCAAUAGUGAACCCAAGGAAGGAAGUCAUGGAGAAGCUAAUAACAUCAAAGUUUGUAGAUGUGGUUGGGAAAAAGUCCUUCUUUUUUAGUGUGGAUGAUGCCGUGGCGGCUUGUCAGUUUCAGCUUAGUGCAUCCAAAGCAAAUCCUUGA